AUGGCUCCCGGCAUCAGCAAGCGCGAGCAGGCGCGGAAUGAAAAGACCCUGGCGGAGCUGAUCCGCACCAUUCCUGGCAAUGAUCGAUGUGCCGAUUGCGAUGCCCUAUCCCCAGGAUGGGCAAGCUGGAAUAUGGGCAUUUUCCUUUGCAUGCGGUGCGCCGCACUGCACCGAAAGCUGGGCACACAUAUUUCCAAGAUCAAAUCCUUAACCAUGGAUACAUGGACAUCAGAGCAAGUCGAUAGUAUGAAAUCGCACGGUAACACUAUUAUGAACCAAUUAAAUAACCCGCGGGGGAUUAAGCCGCCAGUUCCCACCGAUAUUGACGAGGCCGAUGCGUGCAUGGAACGGUUUAUCCGGCAGAAAUAUCAACACCGCUCGUUGGAAAAUGGGAAGCCAAAGCCCCCGAGCAGGGAGGAUUCGAGUUACUCCAACUAUAGGCCUCUGUCCCCUGUGGAAACAAGAAAAAAUGGCUACACAUCUCCCGGGGGUUCUCCCCCUCCCCCUCCGCCCAAGACUGGAAAGCAUUUCAAGUUCGGUCUACGGUCGUCAUCCUCUACCUCGAACCUCCGCCGGUUUAGCGGCAAGCCCAGGGUGUCUUCGCCUACCUCGGAAAAUGGAGCCUGGUCACCACCAUUGCCAUCCAGGAGGAUGACUGGGCUUGGUGCGCCUGUCGCCGAUGUGACCACAGCAUCUUUCGAAUCUAAAAUGGCGGCAUUGCAGCAGAUGGGUUUCACCGAUGACGGACGAAACGAGAUGGUUCUGAAGGGACUACAUGAGGAUCUGGAUCGAGCGAUCGAAACACUGGUUAGGUUGGGCGAAGGAGGCAAUCCUGCAUCAAGAUCCAGGACCCCGGCCGGGACAAGCAGUGGUGCCUCUGCACAUAUAACAAUCUCGAAGCCUGAGACGUCCAAAAACCCAUUCCCGGUCACAACCGACAACACAUUCCCCGAGGUUUCUAACAACCCAUUUGACCGGGUGUUUUCAAAUCCUGUCGCCCAGUCGCAAACUCAGCAAUCACAGACCGCGGCGUACAACCCAUUCGAUCAGCUAAGCUCGAAUCCGGCAUCUACAUUUUCUUUAGAAUCAUCCUUCCAGGGCCUGCAAGUCUCCCAACCCUUGUUCCCCCACUCUACCGGUGGAUAUCCGAACCAGAAAAGCUCCAUGCAGCACUCUGUAUAUCAACAGCCCUAUACGCCUCCGGUCACAUCGACAUUCUCGCCAUCUUCUUAUGUUAAUUCGCCUCAGCUAGUGAACAGCUACAAUCCAUUCGACCAGGCACCGCUGCAGCCGCAGGGUGGCUUGGCCAGUCAGGCAUAUUCAAACCCCAAUAUGCCGCAAACGAACCCUUUCUUCAACACUGCGCCGCAAAACCAACCCAUGCAGCCGCAACAGCAGCAAAUGACCCCGUUCGCAGCGCAACCAGGGGGCUUUGCACCCCCUCGCCAUGCAAAUACCAUGCCCUUCGUGUCUUCCGCCUCGCCGUUUGGAACAUCUACCCCUUUCCAAGCACAGCAGCAGCCAUCAAAUGGGUUGGGAGCUUACAACCCGUUCCAGCAAGGGCCGGCGCCGAACACAGCGUCGAACACAAGCGGCUAUCCCAGCCAAUUCCAGUCCCACCCGCAACCACAGCAGACACAGCAACUCAUGCCUCAACCCACUGGAAUGGACAAGAACAGUAUUCUUUCAUUGUACAAUAUGGGCCCUACGCAGUCCAGUAUGACCCCUAUUCCCGAGCAACACCAGCAAUCUACGCAGCCCCAGGCCCAAGCCUCCACGAUGAAUCCCUAUUCUCAAUCAUCAAACCCAUACACAUCCAUGUCUCAGCCUCAGCAAGUCACAAACUUCCAACCCCAGCUACCUGCCGCCAACUCUCAGUCUACCACAUCUAACAAUCCAUUCUUUGGCACCGCCCCCACAGGCAGCGGAUCCGGCCUUGCCGCACAAGCAGGCAUCAAUCCAUACCAACCGCAAUCAUCCGGGUUAGGAAUUGGCGGCAUCGACGGCCAAACCGGGGCCGUAACCAGCCCCAGAACUACUCAGGCCCUGGGAACGAACAACUCCCCAUUUUCGGGAAUGAGUAGUCCCCAAUUUGCAGGAGCCAAUAGCUCCCCAUUUGCUGGAGGCCAGUCCCCUUUUUCAGGCCCGCCGCCCACGAAGUCGGCGUUUCCACGGUCACACAUGAGCCAGCCGAGCGUCGAUGUGAGCGGCCUGCAGAAUGGUCGCCAUAGCCCUGAUGCCUUUGCUAAUCUGAGUGCUCGCUAUGGUUGA